AUGCAACUUCAUUUCGUCUUCGCGAAACCUCCAGUUACUCGGUUAUUUGGAUUGAACAUCGAGAAACCGUCCUUUGGUCGAUGUCUCGUCUACACGAAUUAUGCCUUUGACGUCGGCGUCAUGCGCACUUCUACACUGAAGUUCAUGGAGGAGAAUCCGCUGCCAACAUUUGAGUUCUCCAGGCGACUAAACGCUUCUCUUGUCACUAAUGCGUCGACAAGGAAUCGAGUUACCACACCAGCAAACCUACCACGACCGUCUACUCUCCGUGUGAAAAACACUACCACUACAAAAAACCUGCCAAAAUUAACAACCAUUUACAUGACUUCGACCGAGAAAGUCGUUACCUCAACAGAGUUUCGUCUUGGGGAUAAUUCCGUGGAACUGCCAACUGAAUCACUUGAAAAGGUGAUGGCUUCCGAUGAAGUGGAAAAGGCAAAGAUUCUGGAACGAGACAACGACGCUGUCGGCCAGAUGACAACGAUCAACUCUGGUGAAGAGCCGGAGAUGAUGAGCAUGGCACCGAAUCUUUCCAGUAUGGGUGACCUGCGGAAUCUCACACGGUCUUCAGACAAUUUACAUUUGAACAUAUUUUCUGCCGUUUAUUGUGUAUAUGUACUUGUCUUAGAGUAA